AGUUGUUGAUAGAAAGCAUGAAUCAAACGGCAGACCCGUGUGAAGAUUUCUACGAAUAUGCAUGCGGCAAUUGGGCGCGACAUAAUCCUCUUCCGAAGGACGAAAUACAUUGGAGUUUAUUCUAUAAGCUCCAAAAAUUAGUCAAUGAUCGUCUUAUAGCUAUUGCCAAAGAAGGGCCUAAAGAGGAAGAUUAUCAUGCUGUAAAGGUUGCCAAACUAGCACUUAAUGCUUGCUUAGAUACAGAUAAAAUGGACAAGCAAGGGCUGCAACCACUCAUAUCAACGAUGUGGAGCGUAGGUGGAUGGCCGUUAAUAAUGGGGGAAAAUGAAUGGGAUGAGAAAAUGUAUAGUUGGCAAAACGUCGAUGAUUAUUAUACUGUUUUGACAGGAGACAAUAGUUUUCACGACACAAGCGUUGACAUCGAUUACGAAUAUGUGGGGGAAGAUAUGGACUUGGAAUUUCUACAAAUCAGGCAUCCUCAUCUACCACCUGGAGGAUAUAGGCUUCUUUAUGAAGAACCUGUAGAUCUAGAUAGUAGCGAUGAAAAUAAUGAUAGUGGUGAAGGAAGUCAGGAACGCGGUAGUAACGAACGUAGAAACCGCGAAGGAUCGGGCAAAAAUAGUGACGACUAUGAUGGAUCUGGAGAAGAUACUGAGGACGAUGAAGGUGAAUACAAGAUACAGAUAAGGAGAAGAAUCAAUAAUCCUAUAACUCGUAAUAGAAGACCGCAAAGUUCGAAGAACCCAGUAACAAUAAAACAUGCCGGCCAACAACAGAUGAAAAAGAAGAAAUAUAGAACAAAAAUGUCCAAAAAGAAGCAAUCGACAUUAGAAACUAAUAAAGGGAUAGAUCGUGAUAUAAAAAAAUUGGCUAAGAAAUCUUUUGAAUAUAAAUUGGUAUAUAAAGACAAGAGUAAAAACUCUGUUGAAGAGAGUAAAUUAAAUAGCAAAAAAAGCUGGAGUCAGGAUAUAGACUUGUAUUUUGACGAGGGAAUGAAUAAAAAUAAAGAUGAAAUUGGUACUGACGAAAAUGAGAGAGAUCGCGUGUAUUUAUCUAACUAUAUUGAUGAUGAGGAUAAUGAAUUGAACUUCGAUAACGAUGGUAGCGGCAAGGGUAGUGGAAAUGAUGAUGACGAUGAGGAGGAGGAGGAAAGAGAUAAUGAUGAUAGCGGCGAGGGUAGUGGAAACGAUGACGAUGAUACAAAUGAUGAUGAUGAGCAGGAGGACGAAAGAGAUAAUGAUGGUAGCGGUGAAGGUAAUGGAAACGAUGAUGAUGACGAUGAUGAUGAUAAGUACGGAAUAAAAGCGGCGAGAAGAUCGGCAGAGGAAAUGAGAAAAAAAUAUGCGGAGUUCAUCUUCAAUGUUAGCAGCGCUCUUUCUGAAGCAAGGGGAAUUUUAAUAUCAAAGGAGAAACUAACGAAAGACAUCGCUGAUCUAGUUAAAUUUCAAGUAGACCUUCUGAAGUGCACAUUCAGGGCUGGAAACCGAAUGAACUUAACGCUAAAAGAAUUUCAAAAUAAGUAUGAUACACUUGCACCGCAGACAAACAAUAGCAAGGUAAACUGGUUAAGAAAAGUACAAGAUCUGUUUUCCUAUGGAGGAAUGGAAAUUGAUGAAAAUAAUGAUGUGAUAGUUCCGAACUACAAUUAUUUCAAGAAAUUGUUCAUUUUAUUAAACACCACUCCAAGUAGAACAAUUGUAAAUUACGUACAUUGGAAGUUCCUUAGUGAAAUUCUAAAAGCCAGUACGAAAGAAAUGAGAGCUCUUUAUUACAAUUGGUAUGGUCAGGAAGUAAAAGAUCAUCGGCGGUUCUUUUAUUGCCUUUACGAAAUAAAGGCCAAUACCAUGUUAGGAUAUGAGUAUGUAAAACGGUACUUCGCGGACAAAAUUUUACGAUCGGCGUUAGAUAUGGUCGAUGACAUACAAAAGGAAGUCGAAUAUGAAAUUAAAAACUCACCAUGGAUGGACGAUACGAUAAGAGAAAUAAUUUUAGAUAAAUUAGUGUUCAUGAAACGAUUAAUUGGAUAUCCAGACUCAUAUCGAAACAUUACCAUUAUGAAACAAUAUCUCACAGGCCUGAGCGUUACCAGCUCACAUCAGGAUAAUAUAUUAAGCAUCACAAAAUAUAAUUCAAUGCAAAGAUUAAAAAAAUUAUUCAGAGAACAUUCUUCUCUCAUGCAAUUGGAUAUGAAUCCUUUAAUAGUAAAUGCCUUUUUCUCACCUGACGAUAAUUUUAUAGAAAUAACAGCAGCAGAUUUCCAGAAGCCAUUUUUUGACUACAGACAACCAUGGUAUACUAACUAUGGGAUUAUUGGGCUUAUUAUGAGUCACGAAGUUAAUCACGGUUUUGAUACCAUGGGUCGUACAUACGACAAAUACGGUACUCCGACGAACUGGACACGUGAAAUGGAAGCGGCUUACGUAAAACGAGCAAAAUGUUUCAUGGAUCAAUUUACCAAAUACAGCGUCAUGUAUAAUAAAACAGCAAAUAUUCAAAUAAAGAAUUAUGGUGAACAAACUGCACCUGAGAACAUAGCUGAUUCAAUGGGGAUGCAAGCUCUAUUCAAAGCUUAUCAACGACGACAACGUACAUGCGAAAUACCAGACCCUAUGUUACCAGGAUUAGAGCAUUUGAGUAACGAACAAUUACUCUUCAUUUCAUUCGCUAAUGUAUGGUGUGAAGUCACAGACUCAGAAGAGUACCUGAAACUUCUACAAAGAGAUACACACAGCCCGGGUCCGUUAAGAGUAAUUGGCACAGUAUCUAAUUCCGAAGAUUUCGCUAAAGCAUACAAUUGUCCAUUGGGCAGUCCUAUGAAUCCUAAGAAGAAAUGUAAUAUUUUUAAUUAAGGAAACAUUCGACAGACGAGUGCAACAUUGAGAUUAAAAAAUGCUUUCCUACUUUCAUAACUUUAACAAUUGUAUUAUGUCAACAUUUAUUAUAAUUAAUAAUUGAAAUUGCUUUGAUAUAUUACUAAAUAA